GGGAACGGGCCGAAGCCCGGGGCCGGCGGCGGAGGAUGAGGCUGAGGCGGCUGCUGCUGCGCUACUACCCGCCGGGAAUUAUUAUGGAAUAUGUACAAGAUGGUGAGGCAAAGACCAGAUCUAUAGAUCUACUUAAUCUUAGACCUGACACAGAUGCCAUAGCCUUAGUAGAAGAAAUUCAAAAAGGAGAACCUCUCAUCACAGCUUCGUGCAAGGAAUACGUCAUACAUUUAGUACGAAGAUUGCAAGAGAAGCUAGGGGAAAAAGAGGAUCGCAAGUUCUACCUUUUUAAGGUACUUAGAGCACAUAUAUUGCCGCUGACUAACGUAGCAUUUAACAAAUCUGGUUCCCGCUUUAUCACUGGAAGCUAUGACAGAACCUGCAAAGUAUGGGAUACUGCAUCAGGAGAAGAGCUACGUACACUGGAGGGACAUGGAAAUGUUGUCUAUGCAAUAGCUUUCAAUAAUCCCUAUGGUGACAAGAUUGCCACUGGAUCUUUUGAUAAAACCUGCAAGCUGUGGAGUACAGAAACAGGAAAAUGUUAUCAUACUUUCAGAGGACAUAGUGCAGAAAUAGUAUGUUUAUCAUUUAAUCUUCAGAGCACGUUGGUGGCAACUGGAAGCAUGGAUACCACUGCCAAAUUAUGGGACAUAGAGAAAGGAGAAGAAAUAGUCACUUUAAGUGGGCACUCAGCAGAAAUCAUUGCGUUGUCUUUCAACACCACUGGAGAUAGGAUUAUCACUGGCUCCUUUGACCAUACCGUAGCAGUGUGGGAUGUUGGCACUGGCAGGAUGUUACAUACUUUAAUAGGUCACCGAGGGGAGAUUAGCAGUGCACAGUUCAACUGGGACUGUUCUCUCGUUGUCACUGGAUCAAUGGACAAAACAUGCAUGCUGUGGAAUGCUAUGACUGGGACGCAUAUAGCAACUUUAACAGGUCACAGUGAUGAAAUAUUGGAUGUCUGCUUUGAUUAUGCUGGCCAGCGUAUUGCAACUGCCUCCGCUGACGGAUCAGCAAGAGUCUAUAAUGCAGAAACAAAAAAGUGCAUUGCAAAGCUAGAGGGGCAUGGAGGUGAAAUUUCAAAGGUAUGUUUCAACCCUAAAGGCACUCGUAUACUAACAGCCAGCUCUGAUAAAACAGCUCGACUCUGGGAUGUUGCUACUGGACACUGCCUUCAGAUAUUAGAGGGUCAUACUGAUGAGAUAUUCUCCUGUGCUUUCAAUUACAAAGGCGAUAUAAUCAUUACAGGGAGCAAGGACAACACCUGUAGAAUAUGGCACUGACUGAAGAGAAGGAAAGAUCCAGUUUGGUAUAUGCCUACUUUGUGAGUUCCACAGUCAAUAAACUCAGUCUUUCUGAUCUGUUUUCUUUUACCCUCUUUGUUCACCUUCGGCUUUGCUGAAGUAGAAUAGUUACAUAGAUUUUGAUAACUUUGACUUUGCUGAUAUCUGGUAGACAUGGAAUCACAGAAUAGAAGUUGGAAGGGACCUCUGGAGAUCGUCUAGUACACCACCACUGCUCAAAGCAGCAUCGACCCAGCAGGCUGCCCAGCACUGGUGUGGUUUGAGCGUCUCCAAGUAUGGACACCCCACAGUUUCUCUGGACAACCUGCUUAGUGUUUGAUCACUCUGACAGUAAAAAAAGUUGGUUUUUUUCCUUAUGUUUAAAUGGAAUAUUUUCUUGUUUUUCAAUUUGUGUAUGUUGUGUCUUCACUGGGUACCACUGAGAAGAGUCUGGCUCUGUUAUCUCAGUCACCUGAGAGAAAUCUGGUCAGUGUGAAUGAAUCCAGCAGGAUGGCCCUACUUCUUUGUGCAUCACUUUUAACUUGUAACCCUUUUAAUAAAAAAAAUACAGGAUUAUAAUACCAUCAGGUGUGAAAGCGGUGUUGUUAUGCCCUUGCUCUGAAUACUUUUGUAUUAAUUUUUUUUGUUGUGUAGUAAACUAUUGAGUUAAAAUGACAGUUUCACCACUUGUAAUACAAUGUCCCACUUGGUAUUUCUGGAGAAAACCAGCAACCAUUUGUGCAUUGCUAUUAACUAUUGCAUGCAUGCUGCAGUUAAACUCCCACUCACUCCCCUUUCAUACUGGCCCACAUCCUUCCAUUCAUUCCAUUCCUUUCUGCUCAGCCCUCACUCUCCCAUUUUCACCUGAGGUAUUAAAAAUAAUAGGGGUAGUGACUCCAGCUCUGAAUCCUGGCCCAAAGAUCAUGGCCAGCAUGAAGAAACUCUACACACCAAGAUUUGGAGCCAAGGAUCAUGACAUAAACUGAGAAGUGGAUGAGGAACUCCUGUGGGUUAUUUACCACUGUACAAUGAGCUCUGGCCCAGGCUUGCCUCUUGCCAGCAACUGCCAACAAGUUUCACCUGGGUGGAGUGCCCCCCACCUCCUAGAAGAGCACCUGAAACUGCAGUUGCUCUUUGUAGGGGAGUAGCAAAGGAGCAGAGCCAACUUGUCUCUUCCAGCAGCCUUCGAAGAAGGAUGAAGCAGCAAAGAGGGUAGGAUCAAACAAAGUAUGUGUGGUGGCUGGGGGAAGAAAGGAAGUGUGUGGUAGAGAAUGAACUUGAAGGUAUUUUGUUUAUCUUGUAUAUCUCUGGGUGGUUAUGGACUCGACUUUUAAAUGUUGUUAAAUUUAAUAGCAAGUUACUUGUGCUGAUGUGUUCUGACUAUCUCUGAGCGCUUGUCAGCGUCCCUUGUUUGUAAAUGGAGAAACAAAAGCGCCUGUCAUCACUUGGUAAACAUCCUGGUUGUUUUGAGUAGUGUGGUGUUGUGGGAGAACUAAGCAGUGUGCUGCAGAUCAUUUGAAAUUAAACCUUCACCAGCAAGCAAAGUGGCUGCUAUUAUUGUUACUGUCAUGCUUGUGGUGUUUCUUGGUGUCUUGUGCAAUGACUUUUGAUAUCAAAAGAGUAUGUCAGUAAUCUGGAGUUGAAAUGGGCAGGAAAGCCAAUGUGGAUCUGUGUUACUUAGAAUUGCCCCAUGCCCCUAGAUCAGUUUCUGUGACAUGGGGGAUUUCUGGCUGACAACAAUGGAGGAAAAUUAGUGUAAUGAAAUGUGUACAAAUACUGCUACAUAGUUAAAAACUGAAAUUUGA